UUGUUGACCUGUGCGUCAUUUUAACGCUAGUGUCGUUGAUUGCAUGUUUUUUUUAAAUAAUAUACAUAUUUAUAGGGCGAACUACAUUAAAUACAAUUAGAUUGUCUUCGUGUCAAGAUCAACUAGAUCGCUUUAAUAGGCGCGCAAAUGAGCUUAGCUGGCUGACAACAUAGCUACAUUGUGGUUAGCAUCACACGGCUAGCAGGAAGCUGUCGCAUAUUUUUUAUUUGUGUGAAAAAUGUGCAAGUUCCAAAAGAUUAGAGCGUUGGUGAGGCAGCGAUUAAAUGUUGCCAUUGAAGAAAUAUUUGUGGUGUUUGAAAGAGCCGUAGCAGAAUACGAGGAGGAACUAUGUCGGACCAAAGAGGAGAACGAGCGACAACGCGAACUGUUGAGCAAUGUUUACCAAAGUCAAGACAUCCAGCAGGUUUCACUGGAGAGUCAAGAAGAAAUUCCCCGUGAGCAGCAAAAGUGUGUGGAGCAGGAGGAGCCACAGCCCCCCCACAUUAAAGAAGAAGAGGAGGAGCUCGAAGGACUGAAGGAGGCUGACAUCAGCACGUUCACGGUGAAGAAUGAAGACGACGAAGACAGUGAGGCUCAGUCCUCUCAGCUUCAUCACAGUCCCAGUGAGGACAGCAAAGGGGCGGAGCCUCUAACUCACAGCACAAGAGAAACCGGUGGAGGAUCACAAGGCGACCCCGGUCCCGACGCUAAAGAACCUUUGGAAAGGACCGAGGACCGUGAAGGCCACGCCAGACGUCACACUGACAACAAACACUUGAAGUGUUCGGAAUGUGGGAAAACAUUCGCUCACAAGGGUCACAUGACCGUCCACUUGAGGACACACACCGGAGAGAAACCUUUCCUCUGCUCACUUUGCCCCAAAAGAUUCACUCGCAAGUCGGACAUGAAGUUGCACCUGGCGACGCACACGGCCCACACCCCUUUCAGGUGUUCCAUCUGCGCCAAGAGCUUCCCAGUCAAGAAGUACUUGAUGAUACACGCCAGAAGACACGUGGCCCACAAACCUUCUGCGUCCUCCGUCUGCGCCAAAAUAUUUGCCACCAAAGCAGAGAUGGAAUCUUACAUGACAACGGAAGCUGGCGAAGAGCACCGCGAGGGGUCCCCGGCAGACGGCAGCUCGGCUCCGCUGUCAGAUGUGGACGACAGGAAGUCAGACGUGGACGACAGGAAGUCCCACUCUUCUGAGAACGAUCACAGCGACAAAGCCAUAGAACCUCCAAAGAACCCGAAAAGUGAUCUGGGCAGCAAGCGCUUUACGUGCUCGCAGUGUGGGAAGACGUUUGUCCGCAAGGGGGGUCUGACUCGACACCUGCGGACGCACACGGGGGAGAAACCUUUCAGCUGUUCAGUUUGCGCUAAAAGGUUCCCCACCAGGUCCAACAUGAAGGUUCACAUGGCGUUGCACACCAACGAGAAGCCUUUCAAAUGUUUGAUCUGCGCCAAAAGAUUCCCGCUGAGGAUAUAUUUGGUCAAACACAUGAUCAGACACUCCACGGAGAAACCUUUUCACUGCCCGUUCUGCGAUAAAAGAUUCGCUACCAAGGCGGAGGUGGAGCGCCACGUGGCCAUCCACACCGGGGACCGGCCCUUCACGUGCUCCGUGUGCUCCAAAGGCUUCUUGAACAAGGGGGACAUGGUUGUCCACAUGAGGAGGCACACUGGGGAAAAACCUUUCAGCUGCACCGCGUGCGACAAAAAGUUCAUUAGUAAGGGUCUGCUCAAAAGACACAAGUGCACCGGGGACGUCCGGGAGGUGUUGGUGGGAAGUGAGGAAGAAGGACAGGAGGAGCCACAGCCCCGUCGUUUUAAAGAGGAGGGCGUGUGGGAGGAGCUUGAAGGGCUGGAGGAGGCUGACAUCGGCAAGUUCACAUUGAAGCAUGAAGAUGAUGAAGACAAAGCGGAGUCCUCGCAGCUUCAUCACAGUGGGAGUGAGGACAACAAAGGGGCGGAGCCUCCGUCUCAACGCGCGGACGCAAACUUUGCUCCCCUGUCAGACACGGACGACAAGAUGUCGCACUCUUCGGAGAACGAGCACAGCGACAACGCCAAGGGACCUUUGGGCGGCAAGAAGGCGUGGUUGGGCGACACGGGACAUCACGCCGACAGCAACCGAGUGGCGUGUUCCGAGUGCGGCAAGUCUUUCGUCUACAAGGGAGAUCUGAAACGACACAUGCGAACGCACACCGGAGAGAAACCCUUUGCCUGCACCGUCUGCGCCAAAAGGUUCGCUCGCAACUCCGACAUGAAGAUACACGCCGUCACGCACAUGGACGAGAAACCCUUCAACUGCUCGACUUGUUCCAAACGCUUCCCUUCCGAGAAAUCCCUGCUGACGCACGCGCGACGACACACGGCGAGGAAACACUUCGCCUGCUCGUUCUGCGCGAAACGAUUCAUCACCAAAACGGAACUGGAGACCCACGUGAGGACGCACACCGGGGAAAAACCCUUUUCUUGUCCGGUGUGCGCCAAGAGGUUCUCGCUGAAGGGGGACAUGGUGAGGCACAUGAGAACGCACACGGGCGAGAAACGCUUUCCCUGCUCGGUUUGUAUGAAAAGCUUCUCUCGCAAGGAGGACAUGAGGAUCCACAUGAGGACGCACACCGGAGAGAAACCCUUCAGUUGCAACGUGUGCCAGAAAAGCUUCGCUUACAGGAAGCAGAUGAGGAAACACAAAUGUGUUGUUGCUGACAGCACAGCAGGACUUGCGGACUCUCACACCUGUUCACACGACUUGGGACACUGAUAAGGUCUUCUUUUUAGCAUAAAGUACAUUCAAGACUAGGGAUGUCCGAUAAUGGCUUUUUGCCGAUAUCCGAUAUUCCGAUAUUGUCCAACUCUUUAAUUACCGAUACCGAUAUUAACCGAUAUAUGCAGUCGUGGAAUUAACACAUUAUUAUGCCUAAUUUGGACAACCAGGUAUGGUGAAGAUAAGGUACUUUUAAAAAAAAUUAGUAAAAUAAGAUGAAUAAAUUAAAAACAUUUUCUUGAAUAAAAAAGAAAGUACAACAAUAUAAAAACAGUUACAUAGAAACUAGUAAUGAAUGAAAAUUAGUCAAAUUAACUGUUAAAGGUUAGUACUAUUAGUGGACCAGCAGCACGCACAAUCAUGUGUGCUUACGGACUGUAUCCCUUGCAGACUGUAUUGAUAUAUAUUGAUAUAUAAUGUAGGAACCAGAAUAUUAAUAACAGAAAGAAACAACCCUUUUGUGUGAAUGAGUGUAAAUGGGGGAGGGAGGUUUUUUGGGUUGGUUUAAUUAAAAAAUAAAAUAAAAAAAAAACAAAAACGAUACCGAUAAUAAAAAAAACGAUACCGAUAAUUUCCGAUAUUACAUUUUAACGCAUAUAUCGGCCGAUAAUAUCGGCAGGCCGAUAUUAUCGGACAUCUCUAUUCAAGACCCUCAAGUUAGUUUUGUUUUAAAGGCAACAAAGCAAACGAAUGGUCUUUCUUGCCAAUAAUGAACUGUAUUUCACUUUAAUGCCAAUAGAUACACAAUAUGAUCACUCCUAACUCAAUGCAGCUCGUUUGUGUGAAAGAAUAUUUAUCACCUGCGGGAAAAGUGUCGUUAUUUUCAGCGUACACACAAUUUAUGAUUAAACUUGUCGGCUUAAAUGUUUGUCUUUCUUUUUGUCUCAAAGUUGACCAGCAAUCCAAAUUUCUGCUUAAGCAUAAGAAUGGUUUCAAAGGUGUCGGGAGGACACAGACAUUUGUUCAUGUCAAUGAAAUCUAGUCUUCGCUCUAAUGACAAGGGAGUGCCACAAGGCUCCGUAUCAGAGCCUUUGUUGUUUGCCAUGUUUCUAAAGGACCUUCCAAACUGCUGUCACCUUCAUGCAGACGACACCGUUGUUCAUGUUCCUGCAAAGAAGUCCACUCAGAAUCUCUAGUUGAUGUUUCUACCUGGCUUCAAAAACCACUGAAUGUUAAGAAAACAAUCUCUGUGUUUCUCAGUUAAAGCACUACUUUCAGACAAAGUAUUUCAGGUAUGUGUAGAUCAUGAAAGGAUCCAAGAAGUGCAAUCAUUCUUGACAAUAAUCUAAAGUUCCAAGGCCAGAUAAGAAGGUCAAGUCCAAUUUGAGUGUCUGGUCAAGUUGCUCUGUUGAUCUUCUCUCCUGGUGUCCAACCUCAUGGCCCCAAACUUCCCCCACAGUCCUGAAUCCAGACUUCACCCACAGUCCUGAAUCCAGACUUCCCCCACAGUCCUAAAUUCGGACUUCAUCCACCGUCCUGAAUCCAAACUCCACCCACAGUCCUAAAUCCAGACUUCAUCCACCGUCCUGAAUCCAGACUUCACCCACAGUCCUGAAUCCAAACUUCACCCACAGUCCUGAAUCCAGACUUCACCCACAGUCCUGAAUCCGGACUUCACCCACAGUCUUGAAUCCAGACU